AUGCAUUCUGCUAUUUUGUGGAUACUGUCCAAGCAGUUGCCUACCUCUCCACCUCACUACACAUCACCUACAGUUAUAAACAAAAGUCUUUCCAAAAAAAGUGUAAGAAGUCACUAUAGUGAGUCUCCUUUGCAGGAUGCGCCGUGUUGCGAUGCUCCACCGCUGUGCUGCAAAGAGCUGGCCCCAAUGCCAGUUCCAGCUCCUACUGCUGGAGGUGGUGGUGGUGGCGGUGGUGGUGGUGGUGGUGGCGGCGGUGGAGAGUGCCUUUGUGUAGAAGAGCCUUGCCCUGCACCCUGUGGCCAGACGCGCAACAAACCCAAACCGUGCAAGGAAAUAGGUGCAGAGAUCAAUGGCCAUGCACUCACCAUUCGUGUCCGCAAGAACAAGGACCUCGAGCAAGAUGGCAUGGUAGACAUGGUAGACAACUGCUGUGCCAUAUCAGUGCCAUCUUCCUGCCCAUGCUCAAAAGGUUCAGACAGCAAUGAUGGUGUACCGGGCUUCUUUGUGCAGUUGCCUCAGAAGGAUGGCAAGCCUGUCUCCUACCGCCUGCGCAACUGCCUUGCUGAAGACCAGGGUGGAGACUGCCUUGAACAAACUGACAAGCCACGAGAUAAUUUUGUGCUGCGCAUUGGCAAAGGCAAAUCCCACUUGGAGUUGGAGCUGAAGACACCUAAGAAGGAGGGUCCCAGACCACUGACUGACACAUUAUCGCGUGAGACACAGUAUGUGAAAGAAGAAGCAGGUCCUCCCAUUAAUUUCUAUAUUCCUAAGCGAUGUAAGGGAAGAAAGAAGAAGUGAUCUUUAUCAGGUCCUGCAAGAAUCACUAGAAUUGAUGAUCAGUCAGCCAAUACCAGAACCAUUGUCUUCUUGGAAGAGAGUUGCAGCUGCUGUCACCGUGGGGUCAUGUCAG